AUGUCCGGACGGUUCCGCUCCUUCUUCCAGCUCUACCUGCCGCGCGACAGCGACCACCCCGGCAAGAAGCGCAAGAUUGUCAACUGCGGCGCCGUCGGGCUCACGCUUCAAGUGGGCCGGACCGCCGUGGGAGAGGUGGUCCACAGGAUUGACCCCGAGUCGAUCAACGUCGUGUACGGCGGCUUCUCGGCAAAGUAG